AGACAGACUGAGGAGGAGGAGGAGCAGGAAGAAGAGGAGGAAGGAGCAUCAGGACACACAGACACACGGAGCCUCCGCCGCCGCCUCGCCGCCGCUGCAGCCGGACACACAAGCAGCAGACCCGGCAGCAGACCGGAGCCAUGGCCGCCGAAGACCCCCGCACCACGGCCUGCACCGGCUCCAGCCUCCUGCAGCCGGUCAGCGAGAUCACCAACCUGCCGCUGGACCAGGUAAACUUUGUGGUGUGUCAGCUCUGCGCUCUGCUCUCGGCCUUCUGGUUCCGCCUCUUCCUCCAUCCCAGUAAGACCAGUCCCUUCAUCAGACACGUGGUGGCCACUGUGCUGGGACUCUACUUCGCUCUCUUCUGCUUCGGCUGGUACGCCCUUCACUUCCUGUUUCAGAGUGGACUCACCUACGGCAUCAUGAUCCUGACUGGAGUGGAACACAUGCACAAGUACUGCCUCCUGGUGGCUCUCAGCUAUCUGAGUCUGUGUCAGAUCACUCGAGUGUACGUCUUCGACUACGGCAUGUACUCUGCAGACUUCACGGGCCCCAUGAUGGUGAUCACACAGAAGAUCACCAGCCUGGCCUUUGAAAUCCACGACGGGAUGGCACGGAAAGAGGAACAUCUGACUCCAGGACAAAAGAUUCUGGCCAUAAGGAGGAUGCCCAGCCUGCUGGAGUACUUCAGCUACAACUGUAACUUCAUGGGGAUCCUAGCCGGACCCACCUGCUCCUACAACGACUACAUCGCCUUCAUCGAGGGAGACCCGCGGCGCCAUAGAGACCAGGAGGCCAACAGGAAGUCCUACGGGAAGCUGAGGCAGAGCGAGCCCUCUCCAAACACCGAAGUGGUCCGGAAAGUGGCCACCUCCUUCUUCUGCCUGCUGGUCUUCCUGUCCGUCUGUAAAGUGUUCCCCGUCGAACGAAACAUCGACGAUGACUUCAUCGCCAACACGCCGUUCUACGCUCAGGUGGUCUACCUGUACCUGUCCAUGCUGACCACCAGACCAAAGUACUACUUCGUCUGGACGCUUGCGGAUGCUAUCAACAACGCCGCCGGCUUUGGCUUCAACGGCUACGAUGAAGAUGGCUCACCUCGCUGGGACCUCAUCUCCAACCUGAGGAUCCUCAACAUCGAGUUAGCCACCAGCUUCAAAGUUUUCCUCGACAACUGGAACAUUCAGACGGCUCAUUGGCUGAAAAGGGUGUGUUAUGAGCGGUGUCCCUACCACCCGACAGCAGCCACCUUCAUCCUGUCGGCCAUGUGGCACGGAGCUUAUCCAGGCUACUACCUCACCUUCCUCACCGGCAUCGUCAUCACGCUGGCUGCCAGAGCGGUCAGACACAACGUUCGGCCGUACUUCCUGCAAUCAUCCACCCACAAAAUGGUUUAUGAUGUCAUCACGUGGGCAGCCACUCAGAUCGCCAUCUGCUACACGGUGGUGCCUUUUGUCCUUCUGUCUGUGGGUCCGUCCAUCAAGUUUUACAGGUCCUGGUAUUUGAGCCUCCAUAUUGGCUGUAUUCUUCUGGCCCUCGCACUGCCGGUCAAACCCAGACAUCUCCGCCUCAAAGACCAGCAGAAGAACCUUCUUCAGGGCCCAGUCCAAGUCCAGGGCCACCUAGAGGCAACAGACAGCAACUGCAGCCAGAAGGAAAAAACCACAUGAGGACAAAUAGGAGUCGUGUUCAACCUUAUAUUUCCUUUAACUUGUAAAGAAAGACAAGGAGGUGAACCAUAUCAAAGAACCCUUCCUCCUGUCUGAGAAAGACCACCAUGAAGUCUAAAUACUGUAUUAAUGGGGACACAAGGUCCAGAUUUUAUAGGCCUGUGUUGUUCUUGAUGAAAACUCUUAACGAGGACCAGGAUGGUGUUUGGACUCACUUCAUAGCCAACAGACUGGAACAUUUUCUGACAAGAUGGUCGACUGAGAAGACUCUGCAGCGACAGAGGAUAUAUACAUACGUUUAUAUACUGUACCUUCACAUGUAGAAGCCGUGUGAGGAACAACUCAAACUGCCCUGAACUAUCGUGGCCAUCUUUGUAGUAAUGAACUGACUUCAUUUUCAUUGACUGCAGGACUACAGAAAUUAAUGAAGGGAGGAUUACUGUAAAGGAUGAAUAGAGAGUGAGGU